CACCUGGCUCCAUUAUAAAACGCUUCUGUGCUCGCACCAGAGAGUGGUCCGUUUUAUUUUAAAUGUUGUGAUGGCGUUAUAUUUUUGUCUUUGUUUAGUAUUGCUACAGUUGACAGGCCCCCUGCAAGAAGUUCUUUCAGCUGAAAGCAGUCCCUUAAAGUGCAGCAGAGGGUUCAUACCAUGCAGGGAUGGCUCGGAGUGUUUGUUCUUCAGCCAUGUGUGUGAUGGGGAGCCGGACUGCAGGGAUGAAUCUGAUGAAGAGGGCUGUGAAGUAGCUUGCAAUGAUGACCAGUUUCAGUGUGCCCAUGGGAAGAAGUGCAUUGACAAAAAUGAGGUGUGCGAUGGUGUACCUCAGUGUCAGGACAGGUCAGAUGAGUUCAAUUGUUUGGAAGAACCCACGGGAUGUGUUCACCACUGUGAUGGCAACAACCGCUGUUUACCUGCGACCUUGCUAUGUGAUGGUGAAAAAGACUGUUUAGACGGAACGGAUGAGGACAACUGCGGGGAUGAGUAUGGGAAUGAAAAUGAAGGAAACCCUUUAACCACCGCACAGCCUGUCAAGUUUGGGGUUUCUAAACGUAUCAAGUGCCCUUUGGGCUCCAAAGCCUGCAAUGACAGCACUGAAUGUGUCCUCUUCAACCAUGUCUGUGAUGGAGAAAAUGACUGCAAAGAUGGAUCUGAUGAAAAGGAAUGCUCAUCCACCUGUGGACAAGACCAGUUCCAGUGUGCCCAUGGUAAAAAGUGCAUUGAAAAGAACCAGGUGUGCGACGGUGUGCCUCAGUGUCAGGACCGCUCGGAUGAACAAAGAUGUGCCAAGUACAUGGAAGGCUGCGCUUAUCAGUGUGACGGAGGGAGCCGCUGCAUUCCUAAAAGCUUCCUUUGUGAUGGCGAGAUGGACUGUGGGGAUGGCAGUGAUGAGUUAGACUGUGAUCUUAAGGACUGCAGUGCAAGUGACUUCAGGUGCACCAGUGGUCAGUGUGUAUCUGCUUCAAUGCACUGUGAUGGCCACCCUGACUGCUGGGAUCGAUCUGAUGAAGAAAGAUGCAUCAAAGCACCAGUCUGCAUAACCAAGCAACGCUGUCCUCAGAGCAAGGAGUGCUUGGUGCAGGAGUGGCUCUGUGAUGGCGAAGAGGACUGCAAAGAUGGCACAGAUGAAAAGGACUGCCCUGCAGCAGCGCCACGGAGUUGUGGUGAUUACCAGUGGUCUUGCAAAUCAAAGACCAAAUGUAUCCCUAUGGCCUGGAGGUGUGAUGGCACCAAAGACUGUGACGAUGAAAGUGAUGAAACUGAGUGUGAGUUGGUGGCAUGCCUCCCUCAUCACUUCCAAUGUGGCAGUUUAGAGUGUGUGGAUACAUCCCUGGUGUGCAAUGGAAUUAGGAACUGUGCAGAUGGUUCAGAUGAGGAUGGGAAUUGCCAGAUCAGCUGUGCAGAAGCAGAUACCAGCCGCUGCUCCCAGGGCUGCUUUAGCACACCACAGGGUCCGCAAUGUCACUGUACAGUGGGCUACAGACUCGUGGAUGAUGGAGUUACCUGUGCUGAUGUUGACGAGUGUGAAGAUGCCAGCUCUGCUGUGUGCAGUCAACUGUGUAUAAAUACUCCAGGCUCUUACAAGUGUGACUGUCAUCCAGGCUACAUAAUGGAGGCUGGUGAACGUAACUGCAAAAUCAAGGGUGAACCUUUACUGUUGUCGUCAGUCCAAACAGAUCUCUUUCUGUUUGGCUUGCGCAGCGGCAGUUUGGAUGUAUUAUCGUCCUCUGCCAAGAAGGCAAUCUUAUCUCUGGACUAUGACUGGUACAAGCAGAGGGUGUUUUGGGUCACUCUCGACACUGACAGCAUCAGGUGGUCCUCUCUGGAUCAGAGGGCGACAGGAACUCUAAUUGGAGGUGUACGGGCUGAUUCUUUAGCUGUGGACUGGCUUGGGAGAAAUUUGUACUGGAUUGAUGGUGUCAACAGUCAGAUUGUUGCGAUGGAGUUAGCCACUGUUGGGUCGCAACACCAGAGUGUUAUCCUAGACGAAGACCUGGAUCAGCCUCGCUCCCUGGCCCUAUUACCAGAAAAGGGGCUGAUGUUUUGGACUGAAAUUGGCAACGUAGUCAAGAUUGAAAGAGCUGGAAUGGAUGGAUCAGAGAGGAGAGCAGUGGUGAUUUCCAGUUUAGGCUGGCCAGGCGGUGUGGCAGUGGACACUCUAACUGACAGAGUCUACUGGACUGAUGAAAGGCUCAAGGCAAUCGGCUCUGCAACACUUGAGGGAGAUGACAUUCGGAUCCUACAGAUGGAAGAGACUGCCAACCCGUUUUCCUUGGCUGUGUUCAAUGACAUGCUCUACUGGUCUGAUGCAAAGAGACGAGUGGUGCAGGCUGCCCAUAAAGUUACUGGCAAACAUGUUCGUGUUCUCUUGAAGAGACAAAGACAACCUUUUGGUGUAAAGAUUGUCCACCAAAUGUUACAGCUAAGCACCGACAAUCCCUGCAAGAAGAAAGCCUGCUCCCAUUUGUGCGUUUUGGCUCCAGGGCUCAAAGCGGUGUGCAAGUGUCCUCCUGGUCUUAUAUUGGCCGACAAUGCUCUGACUUGCACCGGCUUGGUUGAUACAGCUUUCCUGUUGAUGUUGUCUCCUUCCACUCUCACAAAGAUUUACCUGCAGGCUCGACAUACGUCAGUGGCAUUGAAAGGCUGGCCUGAGCACACAGCCCUGCAGGUGCCAAGUGUCAACGAAGCAAUGUUAAUGGACUACAGCUUACAUGACCACAUCCUCCUCUUGGCAGAUGAGGGCACUACUUCACUCAGCGCCUUCCAACUUAAGGACUUAGAUUUAACCUCUCAAGGCCCACUUCUCAAGCUACUUGGUGAUGCCAUCACCGCUAUGGCAUUGGACUGGGUAACCUCUGAUAUCUAUUGGAGCAGCAGCAAGCAACCCCGCCUGCACGUCACCUCCAGCAGGGGUGGAUAUAGUACUGUUCUGAUAAAGGAGGAUAUAGGUAGAGUGGAAUCCAUUUCUCUCAAUCCACCCAGGGGGACGGUGUGCUUCACCAAUCAGGGUCUGCAGGACACGAGCGCUGCGGCUACAGUAGAGUGCGCCAACAUGGAUGGUACUGCAAGAAGAGUGGUGUGGAAGGAUGCUGUCCAACCGACCUCUCUGGUUUUCUCCAGUAAUGGAGACACUAUUCUCUGGGCUGACACUGGUCUGGACGUGAUUGGUUCUGUCCAACUUGAUGGCUCGGGAUACAAGGAAUUGAAGGUUGCUGAGGGCUUGGCUGCAGUAGCACUUAGUGAAGACACACUACUAUGGAUGACUGUCAAUGGUAAGACAAGACUCUGGUACAUGGAUGAGCAGCAGAAGAAGAAAUUGUGGUUUGAAGUUGGCACAGAAGUGGUCAGCAUGAAGGCGUUCAGCAAACUCAGUCAGAUCGGUUCUAACCAGUGCAAAGUAAGCAACGGCCACUGCCAGCACUUGUGCUUGGCUACCCCAAGGAGUCGAACGUGCAAGUGUGCCCAUGACUACAUCAGUGUGAAUGCAACACACUGUUCCCCAGAGCAGCGCUGCCCUGCUGGCAGCAAGUCAUGUCUGGAUCAGCUUUCAUGCCAGUCUGUUGAAAAGUUCUGCAACGGGCAUAUAGACUGCUCCGAUUACUCAGAUGAGAACUGUGUCAAUCCCAAACCCAAACCAAGGUCUGGAGUCAAGAUUCCUGUUGUCACAGAGUCUCCCAUCUCCCCCACUGGACAAUCGCUACCACCAGUCUCAAGCUUCAACUCUACCACAAAUAUGAGCAAACCGUUCUUAAAGUUUGAUAACUUGUGUGACCAGAGACGCUGCAGUGGAAAUGGAGUCUGCACGGAGAAGAAAGGGGAAAUGAAGUGUGCGUGUUCAACGGGCUACAGUGGUGACUUGUGUCAGCACAAGUCCCUGCAGGGUCCCAUUGUGUACAGCGCUGCCAGCGUCUGUGCAGUGGUGGUUAUUGCCGUGAUCGCAGUGGUGAUAAAGCAGAAGACUAGUCCCAGCUCAAGAAGAGAAAGCCCAGAAGCAAUGAAGGAAACGAGUAUGACUGACCUAGAGGGCAAAACUGCAACAUCUACCAGCCCAGUGAUGUCUGCAGCAGACACUGGAAAUGAAGCUGUAUCGUCUGUGGACUAGUGAUGGAACAACAUUGUUUUUAAAUAAAGAUUGCACCAGCCAUGUAUUUUCCUGACUUUUUGCCAAUGUUCAGGACAUCUGCUUUUUAAGUUUGUAG